AAGAAUUGCAGAAAAAAAAGAAUUAAAGAAAAAAUUUGUUGAAACAUAAAAAUAAUUAGCUGACAUGAAACUUAAACCACAGACAGAUAAAUUCAAUGAAAUAAUUGCGCUAGCUAUUUAAAUUAAGGCAACGUAAUGUAUGUACGUUAUUAUUUAUAUUUAUAUCUUUUAUGUAAUUUGGGUUAAUUUUUUUUGUCUUUUGGUUGGUGUUUCAUUGGAAUUUCCCCCUUAGGCAAAUUUCCCCUCUUAAGGAAAAUGUCUAGAUCCGCUACUGCUUAAACCUAAGCCAGAUCGAUCAGUUAUAACUAAAUGGCUUCUGAAAAAAAAAUUAAACCGCUGAACUGAAAGUUAAAAUUAAAAAAAGCUGUUGACUGACAGUUAAACCAGAGAAUUAAAAAACUUUAUUACAACUCAUACACUGUAAACAUAGUCAUUUAAAUUAAAACAAAUAAUAUAUUUUUCGGUAGACUGUAUUUAGAAUUUAUUUAGUAAAACAACACAUCAAACUCAAUAAUUUCUACAGCUACAUCUUAAAACUUUUUUUUGGUGCCUUACUAAAUUAGAGUCGGCUUACUCAGACUGAGUGAAGUGUACCCUAACAUUGUAUAAAUGAUUAGAGCCUACUGAUUGGGAUUUUUCCGAAUUUCUUAGAAAUGGACACUGAGAGUCCUGUUGUUUGGCCCGCAUGGUGUUAUUCAGGCGAAACAACAUCUCCAACAGAAGGUUUUGAAGCAACCUCCCUUCUUCACACCACAACUAAACCUGCACGAAGAAAACGGAUGGAGCGUACAAUGAACAACAAUGGUUCGAUUUCAACUGCCAUAUCAGCCCAAGCUGAUUUUAUUCUACAUAAUAACAAUAAUUUGAAGAAUGAAAGACUGAGUCCGAUUACACCGGAUACUUCCAGUAGAUCUAGAUCUAUUACUCCUAGCUCUUCUUCGCAUCCCGAUACACCCCCAACACAAGAAAAUCCAUUGCUAAGCGGGAGAAAUUACAGUGAUUUUAUGAGAAGCUUAGCUGCAAAGUAUAAUAAUACGAAUCCAAAUGAUUAUUUCAAUGCUGCUAGAAAUGGUUUUCCACCACCCAUCGAUCCUAGAUUCAAGCCAAACUUUCCGAGCCUUCUACCUAUCACACCACAAAACAAAGAGAAUGAUGCAAAUAAUAAGAGGCCGGAUUUUUCUGUCAUGAACCCCUUUACCAACGUAACGGGGGCUGCUAUGUUUCCACCAUUAAUUGAUAUGUCAUCGACACAAACUUUGAUGGCAUUGGUGAAGACCGCCAAGGAAGCUGAGCUACAGGGUUUACUUAAAAACAUCAAACGUCCAGAGUCCUCCUCCCCUUUAGAUCUCUCCGCCGCUGCACCUCCUGCGAAAAGGCCAAGAACCAAAACUCCUCUAGGAGGUAGUCCGAGAAGUAGUCCGACAGGUGCUGGCUGUUCUGUGACGAGAAUUCCCAAAAGGUCAGAAAGUGAAAGCCCCAAAUUACAUGAAGACAUCUCAAACUGGUCCGUUGAUGAUGUGUGUAACUUCAUAUCGAGUAUUGACAUUUGCGCAGAGUAUACACAGACGUUCCGAGAUGAGCGGAUAGAUGGCAGCGGCCUCCCUCUUCUAACUGAGGAACAUCUUACAAACAAUAUGCACAUGAAAUUAGGUCCAGCGUUGAAACUGCGAUCCAUUUUAGCAAAGAAAUUAGGAUCAUGUAAUGUAUGUUUGCAUUGCAGUCACUGUCAUAAUUCUGCAGGAUCACCUGAGUUAGGAAACAAUGCUGGAAACACAUCUGACUCUGGAGGACCGUCGUGAAACAUUAACAGGAUAUUUUUAAUUGUGUUUGUAAAUUUUGUAAAAAAAGGCCAAAUAAUUUGUAACGUGUUUCAAUUAAAAAGGACAAUAUUAUUUUAUGAACUAAUGUGAUGAAACGCAAAUAAUGUUCAUUUUAUGAACAUUUCAUAAUGUUCAUGAAAUAUUUGUUUCAACAUUUUAUUCAGCCGAUUAUUUAAAACAAAGGUCUCAAUAUUACAAUUAUAUUUAAUACGUAAGUAGCAACAAAAGAUAACAGCUUCUUUGGGCAGUUUAUAAUGUAUCUUAUUUUUCUUCUUUGUUAUUCGGUGACCAUCUAUUACAUAUAGCAUACCUAUAUUAUUUUCUACUUCCCAUUUAUAUUUAAUUAUUGAUAGUGCAGUUGGAUAUGAGCAUUAUCUCAGAUUUCGUUGAACCUACAUCGAUUUUCAUAAAAAUGGGUGAGUGGUUAGAGGAUACCUUUAAAGAAUAAAAGUGACAUGGUGUUAACUUGCGCUUUUACUCUGGGAGUAGAUGCCACUCCUUCUCAGAGGUGCAAUAUGUUUUAUUAAAAAUAACCCCAUAAAUCAAUAGAGGGAAUUCCCAGCAACAUUUUUUAUAUCAAGUUAUUAAAAUGGAGCAAUAUUUUUAAAUUGAUAAAGAUCAAAAGAUUUUAAUUUUUCGUGAAGAAAAUGCAUGUUUUACACCGGUUUUUUAUAAAUAACUUAAAAACUGUAAGUUUUUUAUAAAAAACUUAUUAUUAUUUACCAAAAUUGAAGAUAAUAAAAAAUGAAAUAAAUUCCUUACUUGAAAAUCCUUUUAGUAUUAAUUCAACGUGAGUUAGAGAUAAUAAUUAUUGAAUGUAUAUUUUUUUCGGCGUACUCAAAUCUGCGUAUUCAAGCUUAAAUAACAAGAAAAUGCUGCAUUUUAUGACAGAAACUUACUAAACAUUUGUCAAAGUACUCAGAAAUAUCUGUCUAUCAAAUGAGCUUCCGAAGAAGUUGAUGCGUAAACAUUUAUGCUCCAUUUUUUUUAAAUGUAUACUACAAAUUUUUUUCAAAAUUUAUGCUCUAAAAACUUUUCAAACUUGAUUUUACAAAAAUAAUAAAUUCGUUAAUUUUUAUGAUAUCAGGUCCAUCUUAAAACAAUUUGAAAGGUAAUUUCAACGGUUAUAAAAUCGUAUUAAAUUUAAUUUUUUAAAUCCCUUAUUUUUUAAGAUAAAAGUUUAAUUCUCUUCUGUUACAUGGUUAUCGCAGUAAAAUUUAUGAUAUAAACGUUUUUUUCUCUGUUAUUUUUUAUCCUUCAAAAAUAAUAAGAAAAGCAAAAUAUUUGUCAAAGAAAAAACUAAAAUUUAAUUCUGUAUCUUUUUUUAAGUAUAUCGAAUAUUUUUGGAGAUACUAUCAAAAAGAAUAUACUUUUUCCUAAAAAAUUCGUAAAGAUUCGCUUAUUUCCAUCAUACCUUGCAUAAUUUUGAUGGUAAACUUCUCCUUGAGCUCAUUUGACAGGUAUUUCUGAGUACUUUGACAAGUGUUUUAGGAAAUUUAUGUUAUAAAAUGAAUCGUUUUCCCGUUAUUUAAGCUUGAAUACUUAGAUUUGAGUACUUACUCGCCGGAAAAAAUAUACAUUCAAUGACCUAUCACCAUCAGGAACCACUCAUCAAUUUUCAUCACCAAUCGAUGAGGGUUCAACGAAAUCGGAGGUGAAAACUUUCAGUGACUGCGCACUAUGAAUCAUUUGAUAUUUUUCUGUGCACUUUAUUAAGUUUUUUUCUGAUAGCUUCCUAAUUUUAUUCUUUUUUAUUUGUCUAUCCUUUAUUCAUUCUGAAAAUCUGUUAUUUUAAACCAGUAGUCUAAAUAAAACAUUUGAUUCAUACUUGUACGUACCUACUUUAAACAACUUUCCAUUGUGCUAGAUAUAAAAAAGUUGUUAUGUUUUGUUUCUAAUUUGUAAAAAAGUAAAGUUUUGCAAUAUUAAUGUUGAUUCGAAAAUGACGUUGUGUAUAAUUGAUCUAGUUACAAAAAGAUAUAUUUAUAAUAUAACAGCUCAAUAAAACAAUAUUUUUAUAUAUAUUUUAAAAAUAACUUUUGGAUAAUUUAAUAAAUAUAUUAAAGGCUGGUUUCUGUGAUUUUCAAAUCUUGAUUUAAUAAUGUUAAAUGUAUUGUGAAAGUAAUUUUCUCAUAAAUCGUGUACAAGUUUUUUCUUAUCUUCCUUCAUUCUUUCUCCUUUUCUUUAGUCGUCUCAUGGCUUUCUUCAUCUCAUAUCACAAUAUAAUUUUAUAUACUGUCUGUCUCUUAAAAUUUGUGGUUAUCAUUUGUGUGUCAUUGACAUAAGAUGAUAUUAUGUAUCUCGUAUCGACCAUCUAGAAGUCUAGUAUAUUAUUCUUCACUUUUAUUUAGGUAUAUUAUUCUGAUCCUGUGUACAGUCAAUGGUCCUAUAAUUGUAGAUUUUUGAGAGCUAGACCUUUUUUGUCCAGACAAAAUAUACGAUUCCUUUGAGUUUUGCGUGAUUCCUUUCUUAUAUUUCAUCCUAAUUGAAAUGAAUAAUAUUUACUACAAAAUUGAUAUUCUUGUAUGACAUGCUAAAUACGCAGAAGGCCGUUAUUACUUUACUUAAGUAAAUAGGCCUGAAUCCCGCGUACCAAAAAAAGUUUAUUCAUAGCAAGCUGAAAAUUUGUUAAUAGCUUAACGGUGUCUAGUCGGACAAUCUAUGAUGUAUGGGAUCACUGGAACAGGGAAGUUUUAAUUGUGGAACGUGAUUUUAAUUGUGGAACUUGUUGUGAAAACUAGCAGGUUGUUUUUAAGUUUAUUUAAUAGCAAACUUUAUAUAAUAUAUAAAAAAAUGUUUGUCCGAUAAACAUGUUGGAUAUUUUAAUAAGUCUGACCCGUAGAACAUGUCAAAUGACAGGAAUUAUGUUGGUGAUAAAUUGCAGCCUGAUUUUUACAUGAGAGUUUAAUGAAAGGGUAACAAAUCAAUUGGAAGUUCUGUCCGACAAAAUACAUGGGACGUUUUCGUAGUCUAACGUGCGAAACAUGUAACCUGUUCCACUAUUAAAAUAUCCCCUGUUCCAGUGGUCCCGUAGAUCAAAGUUUGUCUGGCUAGACACCGUUAAGCUAUUAACAAAUUUUCAGCUUGCUAUUAAUAAACUUUUUUGGUACGCAGUAUCCAGGCCUAAAGCUUCUGUGAAAUACAUAUUGUCUUUAUUUAUAAUAUGACGUUAACUGAGUAUAUAAAUAAAUCCAAUUUAUUUCGAUGUAAAAAUAUAUUAUAGUUCCUAUGUAAUUGAUAAUUCACCUGAUUAUAUACAACGAAGCUUAACACUGUAUUUGCUCAAUAUAAACAAUAUUUAAUGUUAUAUAGUUUUGUUAAUUUAUACAUAAUUUCAUAUAAUUAAGUAUGCUCAUAUUAUAUCUCUUCGCAUAUUUGGUUCCAAGAUUAUUAUAUUUUUGAUUCAUUCAUAUUUUAAAAACAAACUAUAAAAACCUUACAAAAUUGGUCAACAUUUAUAUUAUGACAUUAACGUUAAUGUCAAUAAGUUACACCCCCUCAGAUUUUCUGACAAUAUUGUGAUUAUAGCGAGUACCUUCGAGGAACUGCAAAUUAUGAUAGAGGAACUCGCAGAGUAAAAGUGAGUGUGAGAAACAACAAACACAAUGACAAACACAGAUGACCCCAGACGUAUAACUAUAAAUGACAGAUAGAUAAAAUAAAUUCAGGAAUGUAUCGUCGUAUGGCCUAGGCCAAAUUCUGAAACUUGACUAAGAGAACCAAAGUGCGGAAAUCACUAGAAUAUCAAGACCAGCAUGGGCAAGAUUUGGAAAACUUAAUUGGAUAUUUAAGAACUGCAAAAUACCCUAAUACUUGACGAGCAAAGUGUUCAACCAGUGCAUCCUUCCUAUCACGACAUAUGGAUGACAAACCUGGACUCUAACCAAGGCAAGUAUGAAUCAACUAGCCACAACAGAAAGAGCUAUGGAAAGAGCAAUGUUAGGUAUACGAUUGUCAGACAAAAAGAGGAAUGACUACGUAAGAUCAAAAACAAAAGUGGAGGAUGUAACAACAAAAAUUGCCAACUUCAAAUGGAACUCCGCAGGCCACAUUGCUAGACAAAAAGACCAAAGAUGGAACGCCACAAUACCUCACGAGAUACGAAAGUAAAACCAAGACCACCAAUGAGGUGCAUUGAUGAUUAAAAAGAAUAGCUGGAACAAAUGGGAAGUAUGUUGUUCAGGAUAGAGACUGAUGGAAAAAGUUGGGAGGGGUCUUUGUCCAAGCAUGGACGAUAGAAGGCACAGAAGAAUAUAAAAAUACUAUCAACAUUUAACAAUAUUUAUAUCAUUUUAUUAUUAUUAUUUCAGAAUGCUGUACGCAAUCCUAUUUAUUGCGCCAUAACUGAAGUAAUCAUUCGAUCCUAGGUUUCUUAAAAGUAGUUAUCACACAUUAAAAGUCCAUGAAGGAUAAGCGACUGAUUCCUUAAAAUACUUAAAUUCAAUAUGAGCAUCUAAAUUGCCAAAUAUACAAAAAAGUAAUUUCUAAAGAACCUAUAUAAUGCAAGUUGACCAUCGACAAUAGCAGAAUUUAGCAAGGGUCAAAAUUUGAUCACCUAACACUAUAAUAUUAGUUAAGAGAUAUUUAUUAGACAUCGCAUGGAAAAACAAAUUCAUGAGUGUAGGGGGCAAUAUCUGAGUACAUAAAACAUUCGUCACAUUGUCAAAAUGCUACAGAAGAACUGGGAAUACAUGAAAGCGAUUUUGGAGAAAUAAUACAGAGAGGGUGUCCGAAGGAAGAUCUGAAAUAUUUACUAAUCGAAACUAAACACGCGCAGACCAAAAGGUACGUUAUAGCGCAUUUCAAAAUAGGACUGUAAUGUUUAUUAAAUUGUGUCAAAAUGGUUUUAUUGUACCUACAACUUACAUUUUUCAAAAAAGUUUCCUUUGAUGAUUAAUAUUUUUUAAUAUAAUAUAGUCUAAGAUGCGAAUAGGAGGUCGAAAUGUAUGUCGAUGUUAUCUGUUUGCCGGAUGAAACAAUUUUUUUUUAUUAAAUUUCAUACAUAGACAAACACGACCAGCAUGGGUUGCCUAUCAAAAUCGUGUCAUAUCUAUCCCUAAGGGUUGAAAUCAACAUUUAAAGCACAUUUUUGUGUUUUUUUUUUGAAAGUAUGAUAAAAUUAUUUUAUUUGUAAAUUAAAUAAGCCUAUUUAGUAUAAUUCAAAGAGUAAUAAAAAUAAAUUCAAGGAAAAUUAUUGAAAAAUAAGCCAACGGUGACAAAUUUUUAAAUACACCUCGAAAAAAAAAUGGAUUUUGCGGUGGACAAUCCGAACUUAUUAUUGGAUCAUGGUAAACAAAAAAUUCAAAAAUAUAUUAUUAGCUUAUAUGUUUUUCGAGAUAACUAUGUCGAGUUUUUUUUUAGUUAUAACGAUUUUUGACUUUUUGGUAUCACUAAGAAAUCAAAACAACGAAAUAUUUUGCACAAAAAAUGACGAAAAUCAACAUAUUUAUUAUUUUUAAACAAAAAAAUAAGCGCACAACAAAAAAUAUAUCGACAGCAUUACCUCAGGGAAUGACUAAACAAAAUAUAUACAAAAUUCCAGGUGGGUCGGUCAAGUAAUUUUUGAGUUACAAUGUCUACAGCCUUUGAAAAAAGCAGGUUUGAGGAAAAUGCGGUUAAAGUAUUGUCAACUUUUAUUUUCAAUUUCUUUUUUGUCUGUCAAAUCGAAAAAUGAUGCACACCGGAAUACGUUUUGGAAUCGCGGAGUAAUUUACAAAAGAAAAUGAGAACAGCUGUUGAACGUUGUUCAUUACUUUCAAGCGUGCUGACGCGAAACUGCUGCAAAGCGAGUCGAAGAUAGGGAUAUUCAACACUAUCUCCCUACCUUCGACUCGCUUUACAGCAUCUUCGCGCCAGCGCGCUUGAGCGUAGUGAGAAACGGUCAACAGAUUUUCUCAUUUUCUUUUGAAAAUUACCCCGCGGUUCAAGAACAUAUUCCUGUGUGCAUCACUAUACGAUUUGACAGACAAAAAAAAUUGAAAAUAAAAGUUGACAAUACUUUAAAAGCGUUUUUCUCAAAACUGCUUUUUUCAAAGACUGUAGACAUUGUAACUCAAAAACUACUUGAGCACCUCACCUGGAAUUUUGUACAUAUUUUCUUUAGACAUUCCUUGAGGUAACACUGUCGAGAUAUUUUUUGUGUUAUGCUUAUAUUUUCUUAAACAAUAAUAAAUAUGUUGAUUUUCACCCUUUUUCUGUAAAAAAUUUCGUUGUUUUGACUUCUGAGUGAUACUAAAAAGUCAAAGAUCACUAAAACUAAAUAAAACUUGACAGCGUUACCUCGAGAAACUCAUAAGCUAAUAAAAUCUUUUUGAAUUUUUUGUUCCCAUUAUCUACUGAUAAAUUCUGAUGUCCACUGCAAAAUUCAUUGUUUUUUUGAUUUCUUGAUUUUUUUUGCAUAUUCUUUGAAUUAUACUUAAUAUGCUUAUUUGAUUUAAAAAUCAAAUUAUUCUCUCAUACUUUCAAAAAAAAAUUCACAAAAAUUUGCUUAAAAUGUUGAUUUGAACAACUACGGCCCCCCAUUAAGGAUAGCUAUGACACGAUUUUGAUAGUCACACGUCUAUGUAUGAAAUUUAUUAAAAAAAAUGUUUCAUCCGGCAAGCAGAUGGGUACGUUUUGACCUCCUAUUCGGAUCCCGUACUUAUAGUACUAUUAAUUCAGGUUAAUCAUACUGCCAGUAUUCAUUGUUUUCCAUGUCACGAAAAUUUAAUAAUCUUGGCACUGAACAAACAUUUUUUAUUUGCCAAUUUAUGUUUUUGAAUUUUGAAAAGAUUACUGCGAUUUUUGAAUUCCCUUUAUCUUUGUUUUAUACUAUUACUAUACGUUAUUUAUCAAUUUUUUAAAAUAUUUCUUCUUCAGGAUUUCAACCUGUUUAGUUGUAAUAAUUCAUAGAAUAUAUAAAUUAAGAGCGACAUAAACUUUAUCUGAAGAUGCAUUACGCUCUCACUCAAUCUUAUUUACAGAUGUUUUUUAGUCAUUUAAAAAUUAUGCAACUUGAAAUAGUAUUUUGUACAGUUAUUCGUAGUUAUGUCUAGUUAAUAAUGAUUAUUUUGUACAUAUUGUAUUUUGUUAUAUAUUUAGUUUUAAUUAUAUACCUUGAAUUUAGUCAAACAAUUAAUAAAAGGAAUUAAUUUGA